UUUAAGGCUGUAAUUUCCUUUCUCUCUCUCUCUUUCCAGACAAACUCAGUGCGGUGAAGUCAUUUUAGCUCAUCUGCACUUUUUAAAUCGGCACUCCUACAGGGAGGACUCUGCACUCAGCUUGGAGCCAGCGCGAGCAUAACCAGCGAACUUGCACACGUCCGACCGAGCCUCCACCCGCCUGUGGUCCACGCCCUCAACCUUUCACUCUUCCUCCACAAAAGUCCAGAAAGUCGUGGUGUAUUGACGUCAAGAUGGCCCAGCCAGCACCAACCAUGGCUAACAAAGGUCCCUCCUACGGCCUGAGCCGCGAGGUACAAGGAAAGAUAGACAAGAAGUACGACCCAGAGCUGGAAGAGCGGCUGGCGCAAUGGAUCAUAGCCCAGUGCGGGAGCGGGGUGGGUCAACCAGAGCCUGGGAAGACUGGUUUCCAGACCUGGCUAAAGGAUGGCUGCGUGCUGGCUGAGCUGAUUAACAGCCUGUACCCCGGUGACAAGCCCAUCAAGAAGAUCCAGAGCUCAGGCAUGGCCUUCAAGCAGAUGGAGCAGGUGUCUCAGUUCCUGGCUGCAGCGGAGCGUUAUGGUGUCACCAAGACCGACAUGUUCCAGACUGUGGACCUCUGGGAGGGGAAGGACUUGGCAGCGGUUCAGAGGACCCUGGUGGCACUGGGCAGCCUGGCAAUUACUAAGGACGAUGGCACUUACCGUGGCGACCCCAGCUGGUUCCACAAAAAAGCCCAGGAGAACCGACGGGAUUUCAGUGAGGAUCAGCUGAAGGAGGGCAAGAAUGUCAUCGGAUUGCAGAUGGGCUCCAAUAAAGGAGCAUCUCAGGCCGGCAUGACGGGGUACGGCCGACCCCGACAGAUCCACAACUGAGCCUCCUCACCACCUCCCAGCAGCCCCUCCCCCAUCGGCCCUGCCCCUUGCUCCUCCCCUCGACCAAUCAAAGAUUGGAGCAACUCCACACGUUCAGUCUUAACAAAUUGGACUGGCUCCUCGAGAACUUUGUGAAGACCAGAAGAAACAGUGAGCGAAUAAUCCACGAGAAAAGCUGACCAAACUGCCAACCUGUCAAGAAGAAACACACUAUGCAAGGAUAAUGACGACUACACCAUAUUUCCCCAUCUACAUAGUCAACCAUACAUUUAAAUAUGUAAAUGUUUUUGCAAAUCUUAGUGUACACUGUAAAUUAAAGCCUUAAUUCCAAGUAGCCAGAACACUGCAUGCGUUUCUAUUAUAAAACAUCCUCGUCUUGUAUCAAGUUGAAGUUCAGUCAAUCGCAGCACUGACACGGAUGACCACGUUCACCGCCAUGAAGGUCACCAUGCAGGUGCUGCUUGUGCCAAAUUUACACUCCGCGGCUUGGCCCUGAGACACAGGUCUGCUUCCUUCUAUCAAAUGCGAGAGGGCUACUGGGAAAGUGAGCACAGCUCUUUCCCUCCAGAGAUCCCGGCCGUGGCCAUUAGCUGUCCCCACUAAUGCAGAGUGUUUUUGUACAUCGUAACUGAAAGCAAUUUUGAAAUAAAGAUCAAGAUUAAUUUUAAAA